GAUUCGGGAGCAGUUGAAGGGUGAGCCUGAGACUGAUGGCUGAAGCCCUACAGGCGCCCAGGGACCGAAGUGAGGUUGGAAGAGCGAGAUGCGCAUGCAAGCAUAGGUCAGAUCUCGGACAAGCGCACCAGGCUCGGAUGGACGACAGAGCACAGGAGCGCACUAAGCGCUGCCAGAUCGCAUCUGGGGGUCAGGAAGCGCAGCGGCAGUCUGUGGACAGAGCCGUCUUGGGGGGACCGGGGUGUGGAAGACAUCGCCAUAGGGCACUGGGCGAAAUGUCCCGGAGCUGUCGCGCUGUCGCCGACGAAAUGUGGACCUGCGGCGAGGGAUGUCCCCCGACUUAGAAUAUGCUAGACGCCACGCCGUGUGGGCAGUUGGAGUCAAGGGGCG